CUUUAGCUGGGUUUGGUUGCUAUAACGAGUAAUCCCUCCAGUCGGGUCCGUGCCGGUUCUAGGCGCAAGGGGGAAUUUCCUCCCCGGAGCAGCCGGGAUCGCUCCGCGACAGCCGAGGGGCGUGCGGCGGGGUUGGGGUGCGGGCAGCCCCUGCGGCUUCCGCCGUCCCGGCGCGGUGCCGCCGGGGCCGGCAGGGGGCACGCGCGGCGCGGCGGUGAAGAGCCCGGUUCCGGCCGCGGUUCCGGUUCCGGUCCCGGCCCGGUGGCGGCGGCGCGCGCGGCGGUGUCCGCCCGCCAUGCGAUGUCCGCGCUCAACUGGAAACCCUUCGUGUAUGGCGGGCUCGCCUCCAUCGUGGCCGAGUUCGGCACGUUCCCCGUGGACCUCACCAAGACGCGGCUGCAGGUGCAGGGGCAGAGCGCCGACGCGCGGUUCCGCGAGGUGCGGUACCGGGGCAUGUUCCACGCGCUCUUCCGCAUCUGCCGCGAGGAGGGCGGACGGGCGCUGUACUCGGGGAUCGCCCCGGCGCUGCUGAGACAGGCGUCCUAUGGCACUAUCAAGAUCGGGAUCUACCAGAGCCUGAAGCGGCUCUUUGUGGAUCGCAUGGAAGAUGAAACGUUGCUCAUCAAUGUGAUCUGUGGGGUGGUCUCGGGGGUCAUCUCCUCUGCGCUGGCCAAUCCCACAGAUGUGCUGAAGAUCCGAAUGCAGGCUCAGGGCAGCUUGUUCCAGGGUGGGAUGAUUGGCAGCUUCAUUGACAUCUACCAGCAGGAAGGUACCCGAGGCCUCUGGAGGGGUGUUGUCCCCACGGCCCAGCGAGCGGCCAUCGUGGUGGGGGUGGAGCUGCCAGUCUAUGACAUCACCAAGAAGCAUCUGAUCCUGUCAGGCCUCAUGGGGGACACCAUCUUUGCCCACUUUGUUUCCAGCUUCACGUGCGGGCUGGCGGGAGCCAUCGCCUCCAACCCUGUGGACGUGGUGCGGACGCGGAUGAUGAACCAGCGCGCGAUCGUGGGCAGCACCGAGCUCUACAAGGGCACGCUGGAUGGCCUCGUCAAGACAUGGAAGAGUGAGGGCUUCUUUGCACUCUACAAAGGCUUCUGGCCCAACUGGCUUCGUCUGGGUCCCUGGAACAUCAUUUUUUUUAUCACGUAUGAGCAGUUGAAGCGCCUCCCCUUCUGAGAGCUGCCUUCAUCUCACCAGAGUCAUCCUCGGGGCUGGCAGCAGAGCUGUGCUGCCACCUCCCUCUUCAUCCCACUGUCCCCAUGUCGUGGUGUUUGGUCCCUGUGGGCUGGGCUCUCCCCACAUGCACGGUUCCUGGAGCACGAGCUGCCUGGCACGGGGGGGGCCGCAUGUUUCCCACCCGGAGGUGUCCGUGUGCCUGAGCCUGCAGGAAUAUCUUCUAUGAAGAUCUGUGUGUUCCAGUGGCCUUUGGGGCACUGUGGCUCGUGGCUUGCAGGUGUGGGUCUCCUCCCGUGCCCGUGGGGCGGGGCCUGUGAAGGUGCCAUUGUCAUCAUGUUUCUUGCAGAACUUGUCACUUCAUUAAAUUAUUUAUUGACUGGA